AGGCCCAUCGGCGCCGCAGAGGACAGCGAUGUAGAUUCGGGCUCCCGCAGCCUCCGCCUGCACGCGUGCGGCCUCGAGAGCAUGACCGCGGUGCAGAAYGGCUGUGGAAAUGGCACCACCCUUACUUGUAUAGUUAUGGAUAAGAAGGAGCCCCAGAGCCUCGCUACCGCCGUCAGUCUCAAUGGGGGAUACACCACCAGCUGUAGCCAUGAGGAGGAGGUGCCAGGUGAUAAACUCAGCCCUUCCAAAAUCAUGCGCUUCUUCUCCACCCCUAGGAAACGGGCUAAUUCCAACUCGGAGAGGCCUCGGUCUCUCGUUUUGAUGGGCAGCUCUUCCACGUGGAAUGCUUUGUCUUCCAUUAGAAAAAUGGGAUCGUUCAAGAAGUUAAGAUCUUCAGUUCUCCAAGGAAUUCAAACCAGGGAAUGUCCAGAGAUCUUAAAUGAGAACAGCACGGGAAAACAAGGCUCAAAUGGGGCAGUUGUGACAGUUCAGACUAACAGGUAUUCCUAUUCGGGGCCUUUGCAGGAUUUCCAGGACGCAGUAGGUGGUUUAGGUUCUGAUUGCUCCGAUGCUGAGGAAGGUGAUGAUUCUUUUCUGAGGAACACUCACCGCUCGCGCAGCAUCAGGAGGGCCUAUGGGGUUGGCCGCAUAAAUUUGCUGGACACUGAUAAAGCUCCGAGUAACCACAAAUGUGCCAGGCCAACCUCUCCUGCCGCCUCAGAGCCAAAGAUCUGUGAAAUUGUGGUGAAAGAUUCUGAAAACAACAGGAUCAUCUAUCGGAGAAGCAAAAGCUCAGACAAUUUAAACUUCCUGAAAAAAAGCUCUUUCAAACGAAAGUCCACCUCAAACCUCACCGACCUCAAGGCCGCACAUGAAAAGCAAAUGCCCCAAAGGACAGUAAGUGCCACAUCCGCUGACUCGGACAAAACCAGCGGAAACUCCGAGAGAAGGUCCAAGCGGUGGAAGAGCCCUAUCAGGGCAAAGGAUUUUGACCGAGUUUUGAAGCUCGUAAGCAACGUUACAGAUGCGGCAUGGAGGAAGGAUGGCCCUAGGAGCGCAGACCCUUCUCCCAGCGACCAGCCCCAGAGAACCAGGCCAAACAGCAGGCUGCACGACGACUAUUCGCGCAGGGUUUCCAGCAGCACGGAGCACGACAGGAAGAGGUGCAGCUCCCCAGCGCCGAGCGCCGACUCCACCUCGCCUGGGACACCUUCCCUGCAAAGCCCCACGGGUCCUGCGUGUACCGAGGCUGCAGUGAGCGUAGCUGCYGCUGAAGACAGAAGCGUCAGCACCUCAUCGGGGAUCCUAGAUUCACCUUCUCCGAUUGACAUCGGUCCAAUCCCGAAUGAAGUGUUUUAUUCGGACUCGGAUGAGCCGAAAGCUCCUUCCCAGUUUACCUACGAAGCUGAAAACCCUCAUGUUCCUGCUAGGCCAACUGCUCCUAAGCCGCAAAGCCCCAGUGCAGAGAAGGUCAAGUGCAAUAUGAGUUUGCAGUGCCCAAACCACCACAGCACCUUGUCCCUGAGCUCGAUGGAAAGCGAGGAGAGRAUGGAGGUGCCGGGGCCGAAGCUAGGGAGGAAUCCUGUUUGCUUCCAGGACUCUGUGCAGACUGUGUACUAYGACGAUGGAAAUGAAGACAGUGGCAUAAGCAGCCACUCUCAGCUGAGCCUCAACUUAGCCCCUGGUGCUGAAGAAAAGAAGGAAGAGGUUGUUUCUGAUGACCACUGGAAGAGGUCCCCAAGCCAGGAGGAAGAAAAGCGGGACCCACAAAAGGUCACCCCCAGGAGAUGGGGCUCUGGAAAAAGAUCUCGGCCCAGRCCUCUCUCAGACUAUGGCCAAAUGUCCAUCAGAAGCUUCUCUAUACCAGAAGAUGCGGUGGCUGUGGAGUCUCAGAAGUCUGACUGCACGGAUGGAGAAAAUCAGCCAGGACUGGCUUCUGUGGGGUGURUGGUGCAAAGCAGCACGCUCGGCUACCACAGAGGGCGAAAAAGAAGACCCAUCUCGGUGAUAGGUGGGGUGAAUUUCUAUGGAAGCGGUCCUGCAGAAGAGAUAGAAGGUCUGCUGACACAACCGGCCGCGCGGCCGCCGGUGCCGGCGCACCAGGUGCCCCCCUACAAGGCGGUUUCGGCCCGGUUCCGCCCGCUCACCUUCUCGCAGAGCACCCCCAUCGGCCUCGACCGCGUCGGGCGACGGCGCCAGAUGAGAGCGGCCCAUGCUGCUGCAGAUGGUGGGACUGAAUCUUCAGCUUUGGUGGAUGACAAUGGCAGCGAGGAAGAUUACAGCUAUGAGGAGCUCUGCCAAGCCACCCCGAGAUACCUGCAACCUGGAGGUGAACAGCUAGCAAUUAAUGAGCUGAUAAGUGAUGGCAGCAUCGUCUAUGCAGAAGCUCUUUGGGACCAUGUGACUAUGGAUGAUCAAGAACUGGGCUUCAAAGCUGGAGAUGUCAUUCGAGUCCUGGAAGCUUCCAACAAAGACUGGUGGUGGGGGAGAAAUGAGGACAAGGAAGCCUGGUUUCCAGCUAGCUUCGUCAGGCUGCGAGUUAACCAGGAAGAACUGCCAGAAAACUGUGGUAGCAUCCAGAAUGAAGAACAAGAUGCAGACAUGAGCAAGCAUCGCCAGAAGAUGGCAGAAAACAAGGAUCAGAUGAGGACCAAUGUCAUACAGGAAAUUAUGAACACAGAACGAGUCUAUAUCAAACAUCUCAAGGACAUUUGUGAGGGUUAUAUUCGGCAGUGUCGCAAACAUACAGGAAUGUUCACCGCGGCGCAGCUAAGCACCAUUUUUGGGAACAUUGAAGAUAUCUACAAAUUCCAGAGGAAGUUCCUGAAAGACCUCGAGAAGCAGUACAACAAGGAGGAACCUCAUCUAAGUGAAAUAGGAUCGUGCUUUCUUCAACACCAAGAAGGCUUUGCUAUUUAUUCAGAGUAUUGCAACAAUCAUCCCAGUGCCUGCAUUGAGCUCUCCAAGCUAAUGAAACAAGGCAAAUACCGUCACUUCUUUGAGGCCUGUCGCUUGCUGCAGCAGAUGAUUGACAUUGCCAUUGAUGGCUUCCUUCUCACGCCUGUCCAGAAGAUCUGCAAAUACCCUCUGCAGCUUGCCGAGCUGCUCAAGUACACCACGCCGGAGCACAGUGAUUAUAACGACAUUAAAGCUGCUUAUGAGGCCAUGAAGAACGUAGCUUGCCUGAUCAACGAGCGAAAGCGAAGACUGGAAAGCAUAGACAAGAUUGCCCGUUGGCAAGUGUCUAUCGUGGACUGGGAGGGACCAGAUGUGCUAGCCAGAAGCUCAGAACUGAUCCAUUCAGGAGAACUGACUAAAAUUUCAAAGCAAGGCAAAAGCCAGCAGAGGACUUUCUUCCUUUUUGACCAUCAGCUUGUGUUCUGUAAGAAGGACCUGCUGAGAAGGGACAUCYUGUAUUACAAAGAUCGAAUGGACAUGGAUGAGAUGGAACUUGUGGACGCAGAAGAUGGCAAAGACAAAGACUUCAACAUUAAUGUUAAGAAUGCUUUUAAGAUUAUAAACAGAGCAACAGAUGAGAUUCAUUUGUUCUGUGCGAAAAAACAGGAGGAUAAGAAGAGAUGGAUGGAGGCAUGUGAAAAUGAGAGGAGGAGAGUUCAGGAAGACAAAGAAAUGGGAAUGGAAAUCUCAGAAAAUCAGAAGAAACAAGCCAUGCAGAAUGCCCGAAAAUCAAGGCAUGGAAAAAUUAAAGGUGUGAGCUAUAACGGGUGCCCGAUGCCUCCUCCCCACCAAAGCCUGCAUCCCAUCCACCAGCGCCACAUCACGGUGCCCACCAGCAUCCCGCAGCAGCAGGUUUUUGCCCUGGCAGAGCCCAAGCGGAAGCCRUCCCUCUUCUGGCACACCUUCAACAAGCUCACCCCCUUCAAGAAGUGAGAGGCCAAGGACACCAGCACGGGGGGAGAGUUAUUCCAGAGAAGACCUUGGAGAUGUGGUUAAGCUUAUAUGAGCUCAGCGAAUCCUCAGGUUUGGAGGGGAACAAAUUAGGCUCCCUUGAGCCAGAAAUACCACCUUUGUCUGGAAGAAGAGUGAGGUUCUUCACCACUGUUUGGAAGCGAUGUUGGCGGCAACGUGAGCAUUGCUGAUGAAGAGCAGAGGCCCUUCUGACAGAGACAAGCUGCUGUUGAUGGAAAGCAGCAGUGUUUCAUCUCUAUUUCCUAGUUGUCUUCAAAUAAUGAUGGAAUUAUUCAGGUCGUUGUAACAUUUCAUUUUUCUUGAUCUUAUAAAAUGGCCAAAUUUAGGUUAGGGAGGAAUUUUUCCCUAAAGGUGUAUCAGCAGGGAAUCUUAGGGGAGUCUUCUCCUUCCUUUUGGAGCACUGAGCAGGGACUGCUCAUUCAAAUCAGGUGGGGCGAUCCCAUACCAUUGCAGUACUGUCGCAGAAUUUGAUGGACCUUAAUCCCUCCUGUCUUUUUCUAUUAAGUUGCCAAAUGGCAGGAGAAAGUCCCGCAAGGCCUUAUCAUAUUCCAGAUUGGAACAGGGAAAUUUUGUUCUGUCAUAUAGAAUCAUGAACAGAGUGCAGAACGGACUCUACAGAUCUGUGCAUUUAUUGCAUACCAGUUAAAACAAGAGGAGCCCACGGCAUCUCGAGUUACUUUCAGUCCGAGCAAUAUCCAGCAUGCAUGGACGCCCGUCAGUAUAGAGCUUUUAUAUCAUUUUCUGUGCACUUCUUAGCCUGGGAGAUGCUUCUUUAUACUUCUGAUAUGCUUAUUUCUCAGUGUAAAAAGUAUUUUUUUUUUUAAUGGACAUAAUGUGAAUGUACAAAGUUAGAGGUGAGGAAGUAUGAGCAGCUGCUGGCACUACAGUCUGUGUUACAUAGUUCUCGCUCUGUGUCCUUCCUCCUCGUACAGCUUCCCUUAAACAUGGAUGAAUGGUACUGCAAAUCUCCACUGAGUUCCUGGAGCGGUUUCAAUCUGUGCUUCUUGCACACUGUCACUUGACAAGGGGGUUUGACCAGUGGUUUCCUCACAAACAAAGAGAAAUCCAUACUGGAAUGGACAGAGAAAUCGUGUGGAUCAGAAAUGGAUUUUUGUGUAAGACCGUCAUUCUGUACUGGAAGGGGAARGACCUGUCUUGACUAAGGUCAUCUCUGGCCAGCGUCUGCAAUACCUAAUUUGCCRUAAUUUGCCUAUAACAUGAAGUUGAUUUGGGAGAAUAACUGUUAAAAAGCCACCAGGAGGAAAGAGGAUCUUGAUUKACGCAACACUGAUCAUUUCUGAUUGAUAAUUCUCAUUAAAGAUGGCAAGACUCAUGUCAAUAUGGAAGGAAAGAAGGACUCCAUAUUUCAAAACUGAUUUGUUAUUAAUGUCUUUCAAAUGUUUUAUCAUAUGCUGCUGAUUAGGGGCAUUAUCUGAUGAUAACGAUAGACCCAAGAGUAUUCUUUGACAAUGGACACAAUCAGCUUUGUCAUGAAUAUGUAAUAUAUGAAGAACAAAAAGGGGCUACAGGCCAAGCAUCUUACUAACAAUGUUGAAAAACAAAACAAAAAGCCUUAUUUUAAACAUGUAUUUGUUUCUACUACUGUUGUUACCUCUGCAUUUUUAUUUAUCAUCAGUGUUGUGGACCCAUUAAUCUGAUGAUUUUGUGGUUUGAUAGCUCAGUGGCAACUCCUGCAAAGUUGGGUUUGUAGUUUUAAUGACACCUGACGAUGUACAUUUCAAAUGCCUUGUGUAUAUAGCUAGCUCAGCAACGAUGCGAGGUCUGGUGAUGCUCAGUUGCGUUGCUCACUGUGAACUCAUUGGCGUGUGCUUCUCUGUCGUGGUGGAAGAUGACCUGGAACAGUUAAGAACUGCAACAUACAUUUACAUUUCCACUAACUCAGUUCAAAGAAAGUACGCAGGAAAGUGAAACGGCUGGCUGGGUUGUGUGCUCCUUUUGAUGUUUAAAACAAGCCAUCUUGCUUCAGAAUUUUUGAAAGAUAAUUCUCAAUGUUCAAUUAAACACCAUGAAUGGACUUCCAAAUGAAGGCAGGGAUGCGCAUUCUUCCUCUUAGAURAGCAACCCUUUUUAUAAGUGUUUCUUACAUACCCAUUUUUCUGGGUACUUGCCAUGUUCAGGCCUGUAAACCAAAGCGGUGCACAUACCAUGGAAGUGGGGAAUUUCUCAUCGUCACAUUUUUGAAAGAUUUGUUCCAGAUCUUUUUAAAAGGUCUGACGUUGUGGUGCCCACCCAGCAGCUUUCCCAGCUGGUCACGUUUCCCUGCCCCACUCAGUGAGCCUGAAGACACGAUGAGACCCACACUUGUCUUUGAUAAAACCUUCUCCAUUUCAGGGCUGGGUCCUGUGGGAUUCUUGGAGAAAACACAGAUUUUGGGAUGCAUCUGCUAACACGUCAGUGCCCACAAAGGCUCUUUCCAUAUAGUAGUCCCGGUGCCUUAGCCCUAAAAAUGAGCAUAAAUGUUUGCAUGUGGUUUUGGAUGGAUUUGGUUUCUUCUGAAGAGAGCUUAAUUUCAGAGAGAUGAAAAGCAAGUGUUUCAUUGUGCAGAUUACUCAGGAAAGUUUUACAUACAAUAUCCUAYAUGUAGAUGUGGUUGUUUAUAAUACCACAGUGUCUUUAUUUGCAAUCUGAUUUUGCAACAGGUUAAGAAGAGACCAAUACAAUGUGCAUUUUCAGUGAAUGUGCUGGCUAUGUAGGGAAGACUGAGAAAAUAAACCAACAGGACACAUUUAGACAACACCAUAAACUUUUGAACAAAUUCUAGCUAAAUGAAAAUACUCAAUUCCAUUAACCAAAAAUUAAAGAAAAUACUGGGAGCUUCAACUUAAUUUUAAAGUCUGUGGACAAAACAGCUGCAAAUAAAACAUAAAGAUUUGUGUUAAGCAACUGCUCUCUUGACCAAAACUCGAAAGUCUUCAUCCUACUUCUGAUGACAAAAUUUGCAUAUCAACAGAAAAGUGUUAAUGCUCACAGCCMUCCUUUUCCUCUUAUUCUCACAAGCUUUAAGUUGCUAUUAACUGUCAACUGAUGUAGGCAACUCCUAAGCACAGCUGUGCCUCAUGUAGAUACCGCACAGCCAGAGCCUUCCUGAGGGCCUGCUGAGUAGAUAACCUCAGACUUCAAGCAUGGGAUGCAGUAAAACAGAGUUGGCCUCAAAUGUGUUCCUACUGGGUUAGGAUACUGCCAAACCAUAAUUGCAUCGAACUCAGAGCAUUUGAUGUACGAAAUAAUAAGAUUGUUUUACAAGUGGCUCUUGCCAUGCUAAAUUUCACAUUGAGUUUUAGUGGUCAGGAGUUCAAAGAGAGACUACUCGAAUGUUCCACAUUUUAGUUGUCCUUUCAAAAGAACCAUUACAGAGUUUUGGAGCCAAAGGUCUUUAGCCAUAACUAGUACAAUACCUUUCUUUGACUGCCUUUCUCCUUUUUUUUUUGUUUUUCUUAAACUUGUGGCAUUUGUAUGUAGGAGAUGCCUCCUGAAUGUGCUCUAAUUUAAAACUAUUUGCUGUAAAUACUAGGGACGACCUGCAUGUAUAUUUUAUUUGGACUAGUGUUUUGUAACAUUUUAUCUYGCGUGCGUUGCUUUGUGCAUCUACCAUCUGUGAGCUGUUACACACGUCGUGAAUCGAGUGCUACGGCUACGGAGCAGAUGAAUUGGCUGUUGACAGCUGAUGUACCUGUACAGGACUGCAGUAACCUGACGUGCAUUUGUUCUGAAUUGCAUUACAAGGUUUAUUUACUYGUGGAGCAUCGUUUGUCAAAUGAAUCUAUUUUCUGGACAUACGUUCAAACUUACCUUCCCAUUACUUUUACUGUA